AUGUCGCAGCACAGCUGUAUCUCGCUCGGACCUCCACCCAUCCGUGUGCCCUUCAUGACCAACGAGGCUACCCUGCUGCAGCAGUACGAGUCGUUCAUUAAGCUGCAGCACGUUCUCUUAGGACUCUACCUAUGGGAAUACGUCACGAAUCUGCCCUUCGACUACAAGGUCCUCACGUCCAAGAAGAAGACGACACAGCGCCGAGUACCGUGGAUCAAAGGCAUCUAUCUAUCAUGUAGAUUCAUGGGCGUGGCGGCGCUUGUCACGAUAGUAGCUGGACUCGAUAUCAGCGGGCCGAUCAAUUGCCAGGCGUGGGUCCAGGCGUCUUUCGCAUUCUCAUACACCGCCUUAGUACUGGCAUCAAGCCUUAUCGCCAUCCGUGUUCUCACCAUCUGGGCAUGGAACAAGGUUGUGGUGACAAUCGCAAUCAUAGGACUGGGCGUAGAAGCCGGAACUCUCAUCCAUAAUAUCGUCGAGAUACGUGCGGUGUACGUGCCCACGGCAGGAACAUGUCUGACGGUCAAUCCGCACUCCGGCACUCCCAAUGUAACCGCUUUGUUCUGCAACGACUUCUUGCUACUGGUUCUCAUGCUCUUUGGGCUGUGGCGCAUGAGAGAUGCCGGUCGCUUUCAGCUGUGGCGGGUACUCAGGAACCAGGGCCUGUUCUGGAUCUUCAUGGCAACCGUCGCUGAGCUCCCGACCGUCAUCUUCAUAUUUCUCAACGUCAAUCCCGUGCUCGACACUAUCUUCUACUCCCCAGAACUCGUCAUCCUCAUCAUCGGCGCCACGCGCCUGUACCGGUCUCUCGCCGAAUACACCCAACGUAUAUCUCCCGUAGUCCAGGGUCAGCACAGCGGCCCACUGCGCUACGCACCACCACCGCCACCUCCGAAUGCACCCAUCCGUGUCAUGGUCAGCCAGACCGCCACUGCAGACUCGACGGCGGUCGGCUUUGCCUCGAUGCGGUCCGAUGGCGAUAAAGACGAGUACGAGAUGGGCGAGUCGCAAUCGCCCGAUGAGGUGCGGUUCCAAGCGGACGGGGUGAAGCAGUCCGAGCAAAGCCCGGUGUGA